AUGGAGAAUGGCCAGGGAAUUGAAUUCAGAAUGAGAUACUCCGUCCGUGACUCCGUACGCUACUCCGUACAGCUUGCUGCUUGCCUUCCUACUGCGUAG